CGAACACAGAAAUCUAUGACGUCACAUAUUUUGUCUCUUUAUCCUUGUGUAGAAAACAAAGUUUACUCAUAAUAUUCUUGCAAUUUCUGCAACAGAACACACGACGCCUUUUUCAACGACAGACAAGUGAAAGUGCUCAUCAAGAAAUAUCAAUCUAACAUCAUGGCCACAUGUACCAGCAAAGGCUUGAGGUCCAGACCAGAGAAACAGCAUUAUGUGAUACCUGCAAAACGCAAUAUCGACAAGUUGAUUGAUGAACAGCGUAUUUUGAGUGUGAAGCUCUCCAACGCACAUACCGAAGAUACUCCACAGCCUACAGAAACAUUGCACUCGCCAGUUUCCCGGAAACAGAGGCAUGUCAGCUUCAAGGAGCCGCUUGAGGUCGUUUCUGUCAUUAUUGAGCCAGAGGAGGAGACCUUUACCAGAACAGAGAAGCACCGCCACCCCUCUGGGGACUCUGGUAUUGGAUCAUUGAACCUAGACUUGUGUGUUGAGGACAGUACCAGACUUACCAGUGAUGUUGCUCAGUACCCAGACAGCCAUAGGAAGCUCCUCAUCAAGGCUCACACAGACAUGUCUUCCUUGACUGAGAAGGAGAAGAGGAGUGUACUGAGGAUGUUGCUUGUCCAGGUGUGGAGGAAAGAGGGAUUCGAGGAGAAAGCUGCUUACACUUGUUCAUGUCUCAUACAGAGAGAGGUGGAUUCGGAACAAGACGACUCCUUCUGUAGAGUGGUAGAGACAAGUUGUUCUGGCCUCAUCCGAGACUCCGCCACGCUGAAGGACCAAUUUCACCAGUGGAAGAAGUUCAUCACCUUCCUGCAUCAUCUGUCCUGCAACAUGAAAUCUAUGGAACUCCACAACCGUCUCCAGUGUUUGGUGUCCCACGCUCUGAAUGUUACCCUAGCCCUUCUUCUACCGUGAUACUUUACCACUGUGAUAGAGUGUCUUGUGACUGAUCUCUGGUUGUGUUACACUUGUAUAAAUUUCAAUAUUGAUUUUUACAGACCAACAGAGACAUCUCGUGUUACCUUCUACGAUUGUCCAUCAUUGGUAUUUGUAUACAUUAAUCAAAAACCUGAAUGUGGCGAUUGGACAGUUGCAUUAGAUUUUCAAGCUAUAGAAUGAGUACUAGAUCAUUACAAGUAAAUUAGUCUCUGUUCAGUUAAAAAUGUACGUGUACAAUUCUUCUCAUGUUUAUUUUCCUCUCACACUACACCAACUACUAUAAACAGUGCUAUUCUGUUAAGGCCUAUGUUAUACCAACAAGUAUACAAUUAAUGUACUAAAAGUUGAAAAUGUGACAAUUUUCAGGUGCUUGGUAUGUAUAUAUAUAUAUAAUUUUUAAUUGUUUUAUUUUUAGAUGAUGAUUUACUGUUGUAUAUAGUGCUGAAAAACACUUAAGGUUGAAGUCAAGGAACCAAGAAUGUGCCUUUCGAUUUAUUGUUUUCUGUGAAUACUCUGAAAAAUGUGUUUAGUUAGUGUUAUACUGGUAAUGUUCUGUGAUAUAUCUUGUGAAGGGAUGAGGAUUUGUUAUAUAAUUAUGAUCUAGAAUAUUUCUAGUUAUCUCAUUAAAUUUUACUAUCGGGUCCAACUCAAAGUAAAUCUUGAAAUGAAAGUGAUUGUGAAAGUGAUGUUUUAGUUUCUGAAGUAUGAUUAUGAAAGUAAGAAGUUCCUGAAGUGUGAUGGAUUUUAAGUUAGGUAGUCCAUGCAGUUAUAAGGUAUUUGAGUGAUGUAUUCCAUGCUGUUAUGAGAUAUUUGAGUGAUGUAUUCCAUGCUGUUAUGAGAUAUUGGUGAUGUAUUCCAUGCUGUUAUGAGAUAUUGGUGAUCUAGUCCAUGCUGUUAUGAUCAUGAGGUAUCAGAGAUUAGUCCAUGUUAUGAUAUAUGGUGAUCUGUUCUAUGUGGUUAUGAGGUAUUGUUGGUCUAGUCCAUGAUGUUGUGAGGUAUCAGUGAUCUAGUCCAUGAUGUUGUGAGGUAUCGGUGAUCUAGUCCAUGAUGUUAUGAGGUAUCAGUGAUCUAGUCCAUGAUGUUGUGAGUUAUCAGUGAUCUAGUCCAUGAUGUUGUGAGUUAUCGGUGAUCUAGUCCAUGAUGUUAUGAGGUAUCAGUGAUCUAGUCCAUGAUGUUAUGAGGUAUCAGUAAUCUAGUCCAUGAUGUUGUGAGGUAUCAGUGAUCUAGUCCAUGAUGUUAUGAGGUAUCGGUGAUCUAGUCCAUGAUGUUAUGAGGUAUCAGUGAUCUAGUCCAUGAUGUUAUGAGGUAUCAGUGAAGUAGUCCAUGAUGUUAUGAGGUAUCAGUGAAGUAGUCCAUGAUGUUAUGAGGUAUCGGUGAUCUAGUCCAUGAUGUUAUGAGGUAUCAGUGAUCUAGUCAAUGAUGUUAUGAGGUAUCCAUGAUCUAGUCCAUGAUGUUGUGAGGUAUCAGUGAUCUAGUCCAUGAUGUUGUGAGGUAUCAGUGAUCUAGUCCAUGAUGUUGUGAGGUAUCCGUGAUCUAGUCCAUGAUGUUGUGAGGUAUCAGUGAUCUAGUCCAUGAUGUUGUGAGGUAUCAGUGAUCUAGUCAAGGUGUUGUGAGGUAUCAGAGAUUAGUCCAUGAUGUGAGAUAUCGGUGAUCUAUUCUAUGUGGUAUUGUUGAUCUAGUCCAUGUAGUAUGUUAGUUUUAUCUAUAUGCCAUCACAGGAACUGUUCUUACUGGUUGUAAGAUAUUGUUUUUUGUAAUGUGUUUGGUUUAACAUAGUUUUAGUAAUGGUCAAGCAGUUGUUCAUUAAGUUUUAGUAAUUGUUGAUUAUUAAGUUUUAGUUAUUGUAGGUGUACAGAGAAUGUUUUAGUUAGGACUAGGGUGCUAACCAUUCCAUGUUCUAUAAUCAUUUCACAUUUAUCUCUUGAUCAGGGAAUUAAAAUUUUGAUGAUAUAAAAUGUGUCUGCUGUUGUUGAUGGUUUCUCCACAAGUUUGGAAAUGGCUGUAUAUAUACAUGUGCAUGUACCUAGUUUGUAAUUUUGUUAAUUAUUUUACUCCAUCAUCUGUGGUUUAAGGCUAUUUUCAGAAUUUGAAGAUCCAUCAAACUAGCGAUAUCAGGGACAUCUGUUAUUAUGAUAUUCAUGACAUAUCUUAACAAAUAAAGAUAACUCUGGGCGUCCUGCAAUGUACAGUUUAUUUUUCAACAAUUUCUUCAUAUCAACAUAGGCAUUCUCAGAUCUCUCAGAUAAUUUGCUGUCCUUGCUUUAAGACAACAUUAGAUAUAUUCUAAUUAGCAUUUCACACCUAGUCGACUAUCCAGACAUAGUAAACCUUAUUACUUAGGACUAUGUUCACACCGAGUCGACUGGUAUCUAGACAUGUAGUCAACCUUGAUCUCUUUAUAUAGGACGAUGUUUACACCGAGUCGACUGGUAUCUUGACAUGUAGUCAGCUGCUUUAUAUAGGACAAUGUUCACACCGAGUCAACUGGUAUCUAGACAUGUAGUCAGCCUCUUUAUAUAGGACGAUGUUCACACCGAGUCGACUGGUAUAGAUCUAGAGUCUAGACAUGUAGUCAACCCCUUUAUAUAGGAUGAUGGUCACACCGAGUCGACUGGUAUCUAGACAUGUAGUCAGCCGCUUUAUAUAGGACGAUGUUUACACAGAGUCGACUGGUAUCUUGACAUGUAGUCAGCCUCUUUAUAUAGGAUGAUGUUCACACCGAGUCGACUGGUAUCUAGACAUGUAGUCAGCCGCUUUAUAUAGGACAAUGUUUACACCGAGUCGACUGGUAUCUAGACAUGUAGUCAGCCUCUUUAUAUAGGACAAUGUUUACACCGAGUCGACUGGUAUCUAGACAUGUAGUCAGCCUCUUUAUAUAGGACAAUGUUCACACCGAGUCAACUGGUAUAGAUCUAGAGUCUAUACAUGUAGUCAACCUCUUUAUAUAGGACGAUGGUCACACCGAGUCGACUGGUAUCUUGACAUGUAGUCAGCCUCUCUAUAUAGGACGAUGUUUACACCGAGUCGACUGGUAUCUAGACAUGUAGUCAACCUCUUUAUAUAGGACGAUGGUCACACCGAUACGACUGGUAUCUUGACAUGUAGUCAACCUCACAUAUAACUGUUCCCCAGCAGUGUGUCUGUACAAUUUUUUCCUAAUUGAAAAAUGAAAAUUUUAAAUUCCUUAUUUUAAAUAAAUUCUGGAAGAAAUAACUCGUUUGGAACCAUGGAAUCAAACUUGGCAUCAUCAUAGAGGAGGAAUGUAUUGUUGCCAAUACAUUAUGCAUGUCACGAUACUUAGCACCCACGGCUAUCCCUAGACUUUAUCACA